AUGGCUGACAACAUGAUCGGACGUAACAUUCCUUUCCAGUCUCCAUUCGGUACCAAGGCCCAAGUCUACGCUGACUACACUGCCAGUGGUAAAUCGCUCGAAUGUAUCGAGAAGUUCAUCCACGACCACGUCAUGCCCACCUACGGCAACACGCACACCACCACGUCCGUCACGGGACUUCAAACCACGUCGUUCCGAGAAGAAGCUCGUCAAGUCAUCGCCCGUGCCGUCAACGCACCGCGAUUGACAAGCUGGUCACGGCUCUCAGCAUCAACAAAGGCCGUCGACGUCACCGACCCUACAAGCGGCCGGUGA